UUAUUAUUUGUAUUUAUUUAUUUAUUUGCCCAUUACAAUAUUGCUUACAGUAAGUGGAAAUGUAAAUGGCUAUAGACUAUUACCACUAGCCUAUCCAGUUUAAAUGACUGUAGCCCUUGAACAUCAUACCAAUCCCCCCCCCCAUUACAUCUGCUAUACGUGACCACCUCCUGUCUCCUUCACAAAAAGAAUGAAUGAAUCCUUCUACUCUACUCUCCUGCCCCGGCCAGAAAGAGCUGCACCAGCAGAAAUCUGACUGAGCACUGAGCUGAGCUGACUUGUAUUAAAGCCAGAUCACUCUCUUCUUCUCUCUCUCUCUUUGUCCUUUUGUGUGAAUAGUGUGAAUAAAGAUAUUUCCCCCCCCCCACACCAGGAGCUGUCAGCGGGCCGGGACACCAUGAGGCCAUUUAAUCUUCCUCUAUAUGACAGACAGGAGGAGGUUAGGUCUGUCCCCGGUAACACCGACACACUCACUCACACACACACACACACACCGGCGACCCAACACCGCCUCUGCUGCCUCUCCCGUUACAGCUCAGCGAUCGAGUUACGCGGCCGGGGAAAAUGUUGCAGUAGUGAGGAGAGAGAGAGAGAAGGAGAGAGAGACUGCAGCAUCGCUUGAGAUCAGCAGCAGCAGCAGCAGUCCCAAGCAGUGCAGGUGAGAGGAGAGAGAAAAAAAAGCCAGAGGAGGAGGCGCAUGUGGAGGAGAGAGAGAGAGAGAGACAGAGAGAGAGAGAGAGAGAGAGAGAGAAUGCGGGACUCUUGGAAAAAGACGCAUCUCCACUCGGUCCAUCACCGAGACAUCCAUCCACCCGAACACAGGCUGCACAGGAUUACACUAAUUUGGUGCUGAUGAUGAUGUUUUUGGAAUCUCCAUUUUUUAAGCUCAUCAUCAAUCUAAUCUGUUUUUUUUUUUUUUAUUAUUAUGAGAGAAGAAAUAUGAUGAGAAACUCGCUCUGAAAAAAAGCACUCACACAACUUGCGUGAAGGAAUCCGACGGCUUUGGCACGUUGCUCUGAUACUGCGGAGGAGAAAAAAGAGAGGAAGGUAAGAAGAGAUCCAGCAUCAUCAAAGACUUUUAUAUAUCAAACUGAUGCAUUUCAUUCCUCUUGUUGAUGGGAUGUGAGUUAAUAGUCCUCGGCGUCCGGAGAGCUGAGCAGCAGUGAGGGGCUUUUUCUUCUUCCUCUUGUUGUGCUGGUGCUGCAUUGCAGUUUCUAACUGUGGACUGUCCCAAAUGUGACUGGAAUAAAACAAAUAAGUUAACAUUAUGAAGUGGUAAUAAGCGUCCUAUAUAUAGUGUGUGUGACAGUGGGACAGCUGGAGUGGAAGUGGAUUAAUCCAAAAGGCGCAUGAAUUAGUUGCUUUUUACGCAGCAGGCAGGAUGGAUCUUUGGAUAUGUUUGUGACGUAAACAGCCCAGCAAGACAUUAUUAGUAUAGAAGUUGGUGAAAAAAAAAAGCACUGCUGAGUAAUACAGGAGAAGGAGGAUAAAAAAGGAAAAAAAGGAGCCUGCACAGCUGAAGUGAACUAGUGAGGAAGCUUUUCCCCGGACCUCAGGCUGCUAGAGUCCGCAGAGAGCGAUAGAGAGGAGAAGGUAAGAAAAGGAUAAAUCAAACACCCACGCUGUGAGCUACAGCACACCACAAAACAGCAAUAAAGAGAAGCUCAGAGGCAGACAGCGGUGAAGGAGAGAGAGGAAGAAAGAAGAAGAAGGAGCCAUGCAGAGGCUUGGUGCAGUGCACUCCUCCGCGACGCAGCAGCAGGCUCUCAGCCUCGUGGUCUUAGUGCUGCUGCUGCAGCUGCUGACUCAGCUACCGGGUGCCGACUCAGCUCUCCGGUACCGGGUGGCGGAGGAGGGUCCGCCUGACGUCAAGAUCGGCAACGUGGCCGUCGACCUGGGCCUCACUGCAGGGACCGGCAGCGGGGAUGUCACCUUCGCCCUGGAGAGCGGAUCAGAGUUCUUCAAGAUCGACAACGUGACAGGUGAGCUGACGACGGGCCCACGACGCAUUGACAGAGAGAAGCUCCCACAGUGCCAGAUGAUCUUUGACGAGAACGAGUGCUUCUUGGACUUUGAGGUGUCGGUGAUCGGACCCUUGCAGAGCUGGGUUGACCUGUUCGAAGGCCGCGUUGUCAUCACGGACAUCAACGACAACACACCUUCCUUUCCCUCACCUGUGCUCCAGCUCUCGGUCGAGGAGAAUCGCCCGAUUGGAACCCUUUACCUGCUGCCCACGGCGACGGAUAGGGACUUUGGGCGAAAUGGCAUCGACCGCUACGAGCUGAUCCAAGACGGUGCUGCUGGGUCGAGUUCGACGAGACGCACGGCCGGAGGAGGAAACCCCGUGGCUAGAGUGGAUGGACUUGGGGACCGGAGGGGUAGAAGUGGGGAUAACGGAGGAGGACCCAGAAGCACUGUGUUUGAACUACAAGUCGCAGAUAUACCAGAUGGCGAGAAACAACCGCAGCUCAUUGUGAAAGGCACGUUGGAUCGUGAGCAGAAGGACUCAUACGAGCUCGUCCUCAGGGUUCGAGAUGGAGGGAACCCGCCACGCUCCUCCCAAGCCCUGCUCCGUGUUUCCAUCACUGACGUGAAUGACAACAGCCCACAGUUCGAGAGGUCAACGUAUGAGGCGGAAAUGGCAGAAAACGCUCCUCCGGGCACACCUGUGCUCCAGGUCAGAGCUUCGGACCGCGACAUCGGAGUCAACGGGCAGGUGGAGUACGUCUUCGGAGCGGCCACCGAAUCCGUCAGGCGACUCCUGCGGCUGGACGAGGCGACCGGGUGGCUGAGCGUCCUCCACAGGAUCGACAGGGAAGACGUGGCGCAGCUGAGGUUCACGGUGACAGCCAGAGACCGGGGUCAGCCGCCACGCACCGACCGCACCACUGUGAUUUUGGCCGUCCGGGACGAGAACGACAACGUCCCAGUUGUGGAGAUCCGAAAGAUUGGACGGAUCCCCGUGCGAGAUGGAGCGGCGUUGGUGCCAGAGAACGUCCUGGUGGACACGCCGGUAGCUCUGGUGCAGGUGUCGGACAGAGACCAGGGAGAGAACGGAGCGGUGACGUGCACAGUUGUAGGAGACGUCCCAUUCACAUUAAAGCCAGCUGGUGAAACAGCGCUCCCACCUCUGCCUGCAGAUGAAGCCUUUGACAGGAAUAAGAAAAAAUACUUCUUACAUACUUCUGCCUUGCUGGACUACGAGGCCACCAAAGAGUACAGCGUUACCAUUGUGGCAGUAGAUUCUGGCAGUCCCAGUCUAUCCAGCAACAGCUCACUGAUGGUGCGAGUGGUAGAUAUCAACGACCAUGCCCCGACCUUUGCCCAGAGCGUUGUGGAGGUCCACUUUGCUGAGAACAACUCACCCGGUGAACGGGUCGUCACUGUGGUAGCCACAGACGCAGACAGCGGCAAGAAUGCGGAGAUUGCGUACGCCCUGGACCCUGCUGGAAACGGGCCAUUUUACAUCGAUGCAGAUAAUGGAGAUAUCCGUGCCACCGGGGUUCUGGACCGUGAGCUGCGAGAGAGGUAUGAACUCCGGGUCAUUGCCAAGGACAAGGGUACACCUUCUCUGCAAGGCUCUGCCACUGUUGUCGUUCAAGUGACCGACCGCAAUGACAACGCACCAAAGUUUGUCCAGGAAAUCUUUACAUUCUACGUGAAAGAGAACCUGCUCGCCAACAGCCCAGUCGGCAUGGUCACUGUGACCGAUGCCGACGAAGGCGAGAACGCAGAACUUAGUCUGUUUGUAGAGAUGGAUGGAGUCGACGAGAAGAAGACGGGAGAGAAGGCGGAAGGAGAAGAUGGCGAGAAAGAGCGAGAGGAGGUGUUUUCCAUCGAGAACAACACAGGAACUAUCUUCUCUGCUGCGUCAUUUGACCGUGAAAAGCUUUCCACCUACACCUUCCGUGUCCGUGCCGUGGACGGAGGGGAGCCCCGCAAAACUGCCACCGCCACCGUCUCGCUCUUUGUGACGGAUGAAAAUGACAACGCCCCCUCGAUUACCUCUCCAGCCAACGAGUCCUACACCCUCCUUCCACCUGCCAGCAGUGCCCGCACCAUCGUCAGGACAGUAACAGCCAUAGACUCAGACACUGGCCCAAAUGCAGACCUUCACUACGCUCUAGUGGGAGGGAAUCCCUUCAGACUGUUUGAGAUUGGCCACACCAAUGGAGUGAUCACCCUGGCAGAGCCUCUGGAGCGCCGCCACCGAGGUCUGCAUCGCCUAGUGAUCCGGGUCAACGACAGCGGAGCCCCCUCUCUCUGUGCCACCGCCCUGGUCCAUGUCUUCAUCAACGAGAGCUUGGCCAACGCCACCCUAGUGGACGUACAGGUGGCCCGCAGUCUGAUGGCGCCACUGUCGCUGGACAUUGCGGGGGACCCAGACAGCGAGCGUGCGUUAGGGAAACAGCGCCUCAGCGUAGCUAUCGGCGUCCUGGCGGGGGCCGCGGCGGUCAUCCUGGUGAUCCUGCUUGUAGUCACAGCUCGGCAGUGCGGCGCUCAGGGCAAGAAUGGCUACGAGGCCGGAAAGAAGGAGCCGGAGGAGGACUUCUUCAGUCCUCCGGGGGCUCAACCACAGGCGGGCCGCAGCAGGGGAUCAGACCGCGGACGCAAACCUCGACGGGACAAACGCAACGGAAGCGGCGGCGGUGCGGUUGUAGGAGGAGGGAAGGCUGACAGAUCGCUCUACAGCGGUAUUGUCACAGUCAACGGGCUGCGCCGCCACGCCAAUGACGACGACGAGGAGGAUUUGAGCAGCGCUAGCGAGCGCCUUGCAGCCCGCUACUGUGCUAUGGACGGUGACCCUGGCAGCCCGCGGAUGGGCGGCGGCAGGAGGCACCAGUCGAGCCCAGAUCUGGCCAGGCACUACAAAUCCAGCUCACCUCUCCCCGCGGUGAAUCUACAGCCCCACUCCCCCCCAGCUGAGGGAAAGAAGCACCAGGCGGUCCAGGACCUGCCUCCAUCCAACACCUUUGUGGGCAGCGGGGGUUGUGUGGGAAGCGCCGGCUCCAGCAGCAGCAGUAGCGGGGGCAGCGGCAACGCAGAUGCCAUGUCCUUGGGAUCUGACCAGUGCUCAGAGUAUGGCUGCCAGACUGGGAACAAGUACAGCAAACAGGGGACCCUUCGCCGGGUGACCUUCUCCGUAGUCAGCCAGCCCCAGGACGGCGGUUGCUAUGACAGUGGCCUGGAGGACUCGGAGACGCCGAGCAGCAAGAGUUCAUCGGGGCCGCGGCUGGGAGCCCUGCCGCUGCCCGAGGAAGGCUACGAGCGGACCACACCGGAGGGCAGCGUCGGGGAGGAGGAGCACGUGGAGAAUGAUGCCAGACAGCUGCCAGACGUAGCUCUGACAGGAAAGUGUACCAGGGAGUGUGAUGAGUUCGGCCACUCUGACACAUGCUGGAUGCCCGUUCGCCCUUCGCCUCGCCAGCGUCAACGCCACGGCAGCGACCCCCCUCGGCUCUCCACCUUCGCCCCCGGAGACGAUAAUAACAAUCUCCGUGGCAACGACCAUGAGAGUGACAGCGAGAGCGCCGGCAGCGCAGGGAGCUCAGAACCCGGGGUGGUCAGCGGCGGAGAAGGUCAGAGAUUACCCUUAGCCAACGGGGAUCCUCUCGGCACCCUGGGCAGCGGAGACCGCAACAGGAACAUGGGCGAUCACAACCGUAACCUUCUGAACCGCAAGAUGACUUCAGCAUCCUACGACACGUUUAGCAGCGCAGGCUUCGGGAGGCGCCAGCAAGAGGAGGAAGGAGGAGAAGGCCAGAACCCGCCGGAGGUCAUACCACUGACGCGCACAGGAGGGGACUACAAGACCACGUCCUGCCUCACGUUGUCGCGUCGAGAGGUCUACCUGUGACGGCCUGGCAACGGAGCAAUCAUCCCCACAACGCUCCCUUUUCUGAAAAACAGGGAGGGUUAAGACUUUUCUGGAAAGUCAUCAGUUUGGAACGCCUUUUAAAACCUGAGAAGAUGUGAAAAUGUCAGAAAAGAUGUUUUCCAAAAGCCGUGUAUCAAAUUGGAACUUUUGGAUUCUGACUAUUAUUUAUAGGCACCUAAACUUAAGAGAUGGAUCAGCUCUUCGGAGAGCUCCCACCAGGAGUACUUUCUAAAAAAAAGUAUUUUUUAACUAGUACUGAAAGUUGCCCACAGGCAAAGAUCCCAUUAUGUCCAUGUGGAGGAGGACAACUUCAUCUUCUUCUUUUUACCUGAAUCCAGUGCAUGCCUGACCCUCUGCCACGGAGGGAUCUGUGAGAAGAAGAGUAAAUCCUGAUGCUAUAAACGCCUCGGUGCAUAUAAAAAAACUUCCACCGAGGCUACAGCAGGCGAGAUUUGGACUCAACUGGUGAACCAUCUGCUGAAAAACCACCGCGGUCUUAUCCAGUCAAAAUAGAUGAAAAGAAGUAACGGGUCUUUGGUUGAGUUAUUUGGAUCUAAUUCAAACCAAUCAAACUUUCUAAUGCCUAAUCAACUCUGUCGUAACACAAGACGGGGGAUAUUAACCAAUCAAACUGCUGAUCCCGUGAGAAUCUUACAUACAUUUGAAUACUCACAAAAGUGUGGUCGCUGUACAGAAAAAAAUGUGCUGAUAAAAUCAGGUAUCUUUAAAAACAUUCAGAACAACAAUGUGACAAAAGAUGUUUUUUUACAGUAAUCAAAUAUAACCGUUCAAAAUACAAGGUUCUCAUAGGGUGUCAGUCGUGCCACAGAACUACGGCGUGUGUGAAAAUGUGUUUAUUAUUUUGCCUUCACACCCGGUCUGUAUGUAUAUAUCGUAUGUGUGUAUUUGACGAGAAAGCAGGUUUAUCUCUCUGCUGCUGUUUCAGAGUCGACUGAGGUGCUGAGUCACACCUACAGUAUCCUAACAGUGUUCAUGUAUCAUAAAUGCUCUUUCACACAAACACACAUAUGCACACACACAUAUAUACACAUGCACGCACUUACACACGCAUGUGAACACAAACUCAUACCGUGCAUUUACAGAAUGUGAACAUGCAUAGAGCCACAGUUUAUGACUGAUGAUUCGGUGGCCGUGUAACAUAAAGUAUAUAAUAAUAACUUGCAUUAACUUUCAUACAGAAAACAUUAAGCACACACACACACAUAUUAAAAACAUAAGUAGAGGAACAAACCCAUGUUAAGAUGUGCGCAAUUCAUAUGCACUAUGUGUGUAUGUGCUCUUAAUCAUCAUUUUUUAACAUAUUGCCUCUCAUUGAACUAGCUGUAGCAUUUUGCCUGCUCCCCCUCCCCUCCAGCCAGUAUUUAAACAUGAAAUGUAUUUAAACAAUUACUCAUCUCUCUGACUGAUGUGUGGGGCUACAUUAACGGGACAUGACAUCUACUGUAUGUAAUGAUAGACAAUGUGGGGGAUUAUUCUGCAUACUGUAAGUAGGACUCAUAGAAAAACCAAAUUUCUGUAAGAAAAAAAGGAAAAGAAAUGCAUGAAAGAAAGAUAAUGCUAACUUUGUUUCUCUCUUUUUUAAAACCACACGCCUUUUUGGAUACCACGCCUAUUUGGAUACAUCUGUAUUAUAUGUGUGCGCUUCUUUUUGGGGAAGUGGAGAUAAUGAUGGCAGCAAGGGAGUUUAGCUUCAGUGGAUUAAGCUGUUCCUACUAGCGAGUUUGGGGUAACCUUGGGCCUUUUCUCUCUCCGUUUCCGCGGCGCGAAGUUGGCACAAAGGGUGCCGCAGGCUGCAACAAAAAAGAGCACGAUGUAGUGGGAGCGCCGAGUCUUGCUGCACCCUUUUCACCACGCAGUGCCGACCUGAACACGCCCCUACUGCUGUGCUGAACUGCACAGAUAACAGACUCCUUCACAUUUGUCCUUCCCAGCAGCUACUGCACGACUCCAGACACACUCUGCUGCACCGGGCUGAGGAGUGGGUGUGGAUCGAGGCCAGCACAUCUUAAUUCCCAUCAUCAGUGUGUGGUUCGGUGGUGUGAUAGGGAUAAUAGGGUUAGGUCGUCCCUGUGGUCUUAAUGAGUUUCCUUUCUCCUCUCUUCUCCUCCCUCGAUCUGCACUGAUCUCAUUAAUGUCUGGAUUGGUGAAUGUAACGCUGCUGGAAAUUGCCAGUAAGUGUGUCUCUUCAUUUUUCUGGUUGUUUUGGAUCAGACGAGGCGAAGGAGACACGCUUGUUUAGGAUGUGCUACAGUUUUAGAUCCUUGUAGAGUUAGUCAGAAAGGAGAGCAACACUCAGGUAAGAUGUUCAACUUGUUAACUAACUACUCGUGGUUUUGUCCACACACUGUUGCUGCUUGACUGUCCCCUCACUGAAAGGUAACUCAGACACAGUAAAGUAGUGAGUCCUGUACGUUAAUUUUACAAUGGUAAUCGUCCUGAGAAAAUGGGUGUGCUCCAUGUGCGUGAUUACACUUUGUAUACCUGUAUAUACCUUCAAUUUCACAACUCUGUGACCGACUCCCUUUAGCUUGUUUUAGGCCACUGAUGUACUUACUCCCUAAGCCUUCAUUACCCCCAAAUCCCCCCCCCCCCCAACAUGGCUGUUUACUGAGCUCUGCUAUAGAUGGACUGUGCUGUAACGCACGGAGUUAAUCUGUUCAAGGAUGGUUCACGUUGGAGAAAAAAAAGGGAUUGGUGGAAACAAUCGCAACAUCCUGCGGGGGUUCAUACACUGAAAGACAGAAGGACAAAUGCUCUUUCUCUGGGAGAAAGAGUUGAGAUCUCAAUCCCUCGGAGGCCAGAAAGGUCUCGGAGAACUAACGUCCAGUUUGUGAGUUUUGGAAAGAGACUCUUGCACAGCCACUGCCUCUUCAGAAGUGGCAGAUAUUUCUUCAAACUGCUGUUUUAUGGCAGUUCCAUUACGGCACCUUUCAAAACCCUCCCAACCAGAUUUAAGGGAACUUGCUGUACAUGAAUCUGUGUGGGUGUGUAUCUUUUUUUAUACUGCACGUUUAAACAUGAAUAUCUUUCAGUCUACUGCAAAACAGAGAGGGGAGACGGACAGAGAAGAGCGUCUGAGAGCGUCUGAGAUCCAUCACCCACUAAUCGAGACAUUUUUAAAAACAGACACUUCGGCGCACAUCGUGUACCCGUCAUCCACCUCGUGCUGUUACCCUUAUAGCCAUGUACAGAUAAAACUACACUGUAGAACAGACAACUGGAAACCAUAACAGACAAUGGCAUGCCUAAAGGUCUUCAAAAAUCUGCACUUGAGAAAAAAAAUGAGACAAAAAAAUGUUAUUUUUUAUUUUCCUCUUCUUUGUUUUUCUUUUCUUAAUGGGGCUGGCUCUGUUUUUUGCUGCUCCCUUCCUGUAAUUACAUAAUGAACUAAUUGCAUUUGCUAUGACGAGGACGAAGAGGAGCUGUCGACGAAUGGUUUGGUAUGAAGAUGAAUCAUGUAAAAGUUUGACUUUGACAUUAAAAACUUCAAACACU